AUGCGCUCCACCUCUGCUCUCACCGUUCUCGUCGCCCUUGCCGUUGGCAUGGACGCUUCGCCUACUGGUCUUAAGCGCGAGGAUGCUACUCCCGCUCUCCAGGCCCGUGAGCCUCAGUUCAGCCUGAACAUCCCGAACGGCAUCCCCGUCAGUGGUGCCUUCCGCAACGGCCUUACUGUCACGCCCAAGGUCGGCGGCGGGUCCAUCGUCACUGGCAACCAGAACAGCACCCUUUUCGGUCAGCUUAGCAGCCUCUUCCCCUUCGGCUUCAAGCGUGAUGGAGAUGUCGAAGCGAUUGUUGACGUCGAGGCGUCGCACACGCUCGAGGCUCGCGAGCCCCAGUUCUCGCUCAACAUUCCCAACUCGAUCCCGGUCUCCGGCGCUUUCCGCAACGGUCUUACCGUGACGCCCAAGCUUGGCGGCGGAUCAAUCGUCACGGGUAACCGCAACUCGACGCUGUUCGGACAGUUCGGCUUCAAGCGCGAGGACGGCGAGGAGGAUGUUGAGGCCACGCAGACCCUCGAGGCGCGCGAGCCCCAGUUCUCGCUCAAUAUUCCCAACUCCAUCCCUGUCUCAGGCGCAUUCCGCAACGGCUUGACCGUGACGCCCAAGGUCGGAGGAGGCUCCAUCGUCACCGGCAACCGCAACUCGACGCUGUUCGGACAGUUCGGCUUCAAGCGCGAGGACGGCGAGGAGGUUGAGGCGACGCAGACCCUCGAGGCGCGCGAGCCCCAGUUCUCACUGAACAUUCCCAACUCUAUUCCCGUCAGCGGCGCCUUCCGUAACGGUUUGACCGUCACGCCCAAGCUCGGUGGUGGCUCCAUCGUGACUGGCAACCGCAACUCGACCCUGCUCGGUCAGCUCAGCAGCUUCUUCCCCUUCGGCCUUAAGCGCGAUGAGGAUGGUGUCGAGCAGGUCAUCGAGCAGGAGAUCGAGCAGCUACCCACGCCCGCUCUCGCCGCUCGCGAGCCUCAGUUCUCGCUGAACAUCCCGAACAGCAUCCCUGUCUCCGGUGCCUUCCGUAACGGCCUUACCGUCACGCCCAAGCUUGGUGGUGGCAGCAUCAUCACGGGCAACCAGAACUCGACGCUGUUCGGCCAGCUCGGCUCGAUAUUCCCUUUCGGCCUCAAGCGCGAUGAGUAG